AAGAAAUUUUGACAAAACGAAAUAUCAGUGAUUAUUUUACAUUUUAGAUUCGCUUAAUAUCCUAAUGAUAAAAAUUAGUUGCAGUUAAUUAAUAAAACUGAGUAAUUUGAUUUGCUAAGUCGCUUAUUGAAAAGGAAUUUCUUUGUUCAAUUGUAUAUACACUCAAAGAACAAUGACUGUCGCUGUAGAUCCGCGUCGACCGGACAAGGUCAACCGUUAUAAACCUGUAGAUACGGGUAAUCAAGGAUCUGGUGUCGGAGAUGACCUUAUGCCAGAUUACAUGAAUAUACUUGGAAUGAUUUUCUCUAUGUGCGGUCUGAUGAUGAAGCUAAAGUGGUGUGCUUGGUUGGCAUUAUACUGUUCCUGUAUAAGCUUCGCCAACUCACGUGUCAGUGACGACGCCAAACAAGUAUUGUCUUCGUUCAUGCUCAGUGUGAGCGCUGUUGUGAUGUCAUACCUACAAAACCCGUCACCGAUGACUCCACCAUGGCAAUCGGUAUAGGAAAUCAGUUACCCACUGUAGGUGCCACAUUCAACUAUCAAGCAAGAGCAUCGGUUCAAAUGCAGGUAGAUGAAUUUAUCAUUAAACAAAAUAAUUGUGUGAAAUGGAAUGUAUAUAAAUAGCGAAUGAAAA